AUGCUUCUGUGGACUCAGUUAAUCACUUUAUGGCCAAUAUUAUUCAAUGCGAAAAGCUUCGUGUUAUGUGCUCCUGAAAACGCUGUUUCAAAAAUUCUUGAUGUUAUACUGAAAAAGAUACAAAAACGAUCAUUAGAAACUCUUGGAAAUGAAACACACGUUAAUGAAGAUAACGAGCUCUUAGAAAUUGAACAUAAACUCCAAAAAGCCGCAAGGCCGUUAGGAGACGAGGGUAAAAAAUAUGUUAAAUUGAUUCUACGAGAAAUACAAUCAGGUAAAAGUAAAAAAAAGUCAAAUAACGGUGACAAUAAAAGAAAAUCUAAAAAUAUAGCAAUCAUGGCCCUUGAGUCAGACGAAAAUUCCACACGGUUGUCAAAGAUUGAUUACCUAAUCAAGAAAAUAAACAGAAUCUCAUUGGAAUCUGUAAGUAAUUUUACAAAUGCGCAAAUGGGUAAUGUAUUAAACACCAUAGAAAAGAAACUUAAGAAAGCGGCAGCUCAUUUAGGGGACAAAGGUGAAAAAUAUGUAAACUUAAUAAUGCGAGGCAUUCAAAAUACAUAUAAGAACACUACAGCCAAUUAUGCGCUAUCUAACGCUAGAAGAAGAUACUUGGAAAAUAUCAGUAAAAUAUCAUCAGAUGUUUCAAAUAAUUAUGGUAAUAAAGAAAAACUUGACGCUGUAGAAAAGAAGUUGAAAUUAGCUGCGCAACGAUUAGGAAAGAAUGGAAAAAAAUAUGUCAAUAUUAUAAUGAAAGCGGUUCGAUCUGAUAAAGGCGUUAGUAAAACACCUCUUAAAAAUAUAAUUUCUACAGAAGUGGAAAAAGUGGUAGAAAAUGCUAUAACUCUAAAUAAUGUAAUCAAAACUGACAAAUAUAACAAUAUAUUAAGAAAACAAGCUGUCAGAGACGUGGCAAAUGAAAUCGAAAAGCUUUUUAAAACAUUCUACAAAAGUAACAAAUAUUUAAUUGAGGAACUUCAACUUAAAACAUUUGAGGCGAUGAAAGAGCACAACAUGUUAAAGAAUAGUGAAGAUGUGAAAUUCAUGAGCGAUUUUAUAGUCGAUGCAAUUAACGCUGCAAUAUUAUUUCAAAAAUCAAAUAGAAGAAACAGCAGAACAAGAAAAGUUUCUUCUGAUACAAAAAGUGAAUUUCAAAGGCACACUACAAAACGCUUACGUAGUCAAAUAAAACGAUGUAAAAAUAGGGUCAAUAUUACUUGCAGCAAUAUAAAGUCUAUGAAUUCAUACACAUGUGCAUAUGAUGACCAAAUUAUACCAAUAAUUAAACUCUGUGAUGGAAAAGAUGACUGUUUCGACAGUUCUGAUGAAACUUUUUGUGUGAAACAGACUAUUGAAAAAUUACGUUUUGCACAUGAAGUCCUAGCUGCGAUUGAUCGUGAUUUAGAAUACAAGUGUUUAACAAGUGAUAUAGAUGAGGGCAUUCUCUCGAAGCAAAAUCUUGUUCUACGAGAUGUACUUAAAACUCAGUCUGAUUUAAUUGAAAAAUAUAAAUCGGAACAUCUGUCGGAGUCUAAUGAAGAGAAAGCAACAUCUGAGCAAUGA